AUGGAGAUUUAUAAAUUAUCAAAUCUACCUGAUUCUCUUUAUUAUAUACCAAAUUUUAUAACAAUUGAAGAAGAAGAACAAUUAUUAUCAUGUGUUAAUAAUGUUCCUCGUACACGUUGGGUUCAAUUACGUAAUCGUCGUUUACAAAAUUGGGGUGGACAACCACAUAGCAAAGGAAUGAUUCAAACAGAAUCAUUACCGAAAUGGUUAGAACCGUAUACUGAACGAAUUCUUCAAUUGGGAAAUGAAACUAUAUUUCCUGAUCAACAAUUUCAAUUUAAUCAUUGUUUAGUUAAUGAAUAUGAAGCAGGUCAAGGUAUUAUGCCACAUACUGAUGGACCUGUUUAUUAUCCGAUUGUAACAACUAUUUCAUUACAAUCACAUACUGUUAUUGAAUUUUAUCGACCGAUUGAUAGUAAUACUACAGAGGAUCUAUCGUCAAUAUCUGAUCGUUGUGUUGCUCGAGUUCUACUUGAACCACGUAGUUUGUUUAUUGUUAAAGAUGAUAUGUACUCAUAUUAUAUGCAUGGUAUUAAUGAAUAUCAAGACGAUAAAAUUAAUCGUACGAUAAUCAGUAAUUUUGAUCGAUGUAGUGAUGAAAUUAAAAAUAGAGACGAACAAAUCUUAACACGUAAAACACGAAUUUCUCUAACUAUUCGACGUGUAGAGAAAACAUCGAAAUUACAAAUUGGAAUGUUACGCAAAUAA